AGAACUCCUGUAAAGAUAAGAAGGUUCACUUGCACAGCAGACCAAGCCAAGCUCAUUAUCAAUGAUAUGACAGACAUUUCUCAACCCUCGCCAACUGAGUACUGUUUCCAGUAUGUAGAGCUGUCGACCAACAAGUGCACCAUGAUAGCAGAUAUCCUCCAGAAUUCAAGCGAAGGUGAUUCAGUGUCAGUCCUUGGUAAGGUAGGAAACAUCAGUGAAAUAUCAACGAUUCAUCUUGGCAAACAAAGUCUCCAAAUGGCUGAAGGGACAAUAGCAGAUUUAACAGGAAAUAUACCUAUCAGCCUGUGGGAAGAUAAUCUUGCGUUAAUUACCACAGCUGCAGUUUACAAGAUAACAAACAUUCGUGUGGGCUUCUGGAAUGGUGCAAAGAAGUUAACUACAAGUCCAAAUUCCAUCAUCUCUGCCAUUCAAGAUGAGUAGCUCAAAAGCAUAACUAUGGAAGAGCCUUCAGAAGUUCCACAAGAGGAUGAAUUGACAGUAGUAGUUCCCUUCAUAAAAACUGUCGAGAAGGUUCAGCAAUACCCUCUUUGCAUACACUGUUCCAGAAAGCUUUUGCGAACCACAGCCAGUUUGCUAGUGAAAUGUGAUAGAUGCAAACACACUAUGGUUCUUGCCAACUGCAAUAAAAGAAUGUUUGUUCAUUUUUCCGUACAAGGACAAGAUGAAAGUGACGUCAUCGUCACUGCGUUCGAGCAGACGUUGAAGACAGUUGUUCUAAGAGUCGGAGAAAUGUUGGAAGAGCAACUGACUGAACAUUUGCUGUUAUUAAACAACAAUACCAUUAAGUGCAGUUCAUCGACACAUAUUGUGUCUGCCGUUGAACUCUAA